AUGGACGGCGACGACAGGGACUUCCUGCGCGAGUGGCUCAUCCGCAACCUCGAGCCGGUAUGCGACGCCGACCCGGAGGUGCUGAGCAAGUAUGUGCUGGCGCUGGUGCAGAACGACCCGCAGAAGCCGGGACUGCAGGACACGUGCGUGUCCAAGCUCGAGGAGUUCCUCGGUGACGAGACGGCGGGCUUCGUGGCCAAACUGUUCAAGGCGCUGGCCGAUGGCUCCUACAAGGCCUCGAACUCGAGUCGCGCCAACAGCGCGGCCCCCAGUGACGAGCAGCAGUUCCGGUCAUCUAACGCAUACGACGACGACUACUCGCGGCGGCGCGAGCGCACCCCCUCAGACGACGAGGAGGAGCAGCGGCGGUAUAACAAGCGGCGUCGCGACGACGACCGCUCGAGGGACGGCGACUACAAGCGGCAUCAGGGCAGUCCCCGGAGAGACCGACGUCAGCCCUACCCGUCGCGGGAUAUGCGCGGCGGACCAAUGGGCGGACGUGGCCCGGCGCCGUAUGGCAUGGGCGGCGAUCGCCGUAGGAAUUUCCCUCCGGAGUGGGGCAUGCCGCCGCAGGGAAUGUGGCCGCCGCACUUCCCGCCCCCGCGCGGCGGGGCCUACCCGCCAGACUUCGACCCCAAUGUGUAUAUGGGAGAGAACGGUGGCAUGAUGCCGCCUCCGCACAUGAUGAUGCCCCACCCCAUGGGCGGACGGGGCCAGUACUACCCUCCUGGAGGCCGAGGAGGCCGCGGUGGCCGCGGCAACUACUUCGGAGGCCGAGGCGGCAAGGACGGCGAGAAUGGAGAGGCGACCACUGCGAAGACGACGCUCCACGUUCGACAUGUGGACCCCAAGUACGUCAACAUGACCGCGCUCAGCCUGCACUUUUCCAAGUUCGGCAACGUGGUGAACGUUCAGAUGCGGCCGAGCGCUAAGUGUGCAUUUGUUCAGUACGCGACCGAGGAGGAGGCGAAGAAGGCGUUCCACUCGCCUCUGCCUGUGUGCAACAACCGCUUUAUCUCUGUAAAAUGGGCAAGGCACGACGCGCAGGGUCCGGAGGAAGCUGCAGAUCAUCAGUCCGAGGGCGCCUCGAAAGAAGAGUCUGGAGAGGACAGCGUGCCUGCUAGCGGUGAAUCGGCUGAAAAGAAUGCGGACGGUGCUAGCGCAGAAGGAGAAGCACCCGCCGUGCUGCCCGAGCACAAUAUGACCGCUGAGGAGCUGCGUGCAGCAGCAUUAGAGAAGGGCCGCAAGGUGCUGGAGCAGAAGCGCGAGUUGCUCGAGAAGCAGCGCGCGCUCAAGAAGCAGAAGGAGGCACUGAUCAAGCGGCAACUGGCCCAGCAGAAGGAGCUGCUGGAGCGCAUGAGCACCAACAGCUCCCAGUUCUCCGUAGCGGAGAAGCGCGACCUGCUGAACAAGAUCACAGCGUUGUCUGCAGAGCUCAAGGCGCUGACCCCGCGCCACUCGGCCAUCUCGCCGACUGCGGCGACGCGGCCAGCGGAGGAAGGCGAGGGCGGCGAGAACCUGAACGGACUCAAGGCGGAGCUCAGCGCGUUGGAGGCCGAGGCAUCCGGCGGUCGAGGAGGUCGCGGUGGCCGGUGGUCUGCUGGUCGCGGCUACAGAGGAGGCCGUGGCGGCCGUGGACGCGGAGGCUUCGGCCGCGGCUCGCACACGCUGGACAACCGCACCACGAUCGUGAAGGUGGCGAACCUGCCGGAGGAGGCGCGCGACCCGAUUGUGCUGACUCAGCACUUUGGCAACUUUGGCUCCGUCGAGCGCGUCGUGAUGGACGAGGCCGCGCCCGGCCAGGGCUUCAUCAAGUUCCAGGACCGCUACGCCGGCCAGGCAGCGCUGAACCACGGCACCAUGUUCGGCGACAAGCAGUUGGAGAUGGGGUGGGUGGAGUCCCAGGAGGCGCCCGCGGAGCUAACACGGAGUGACUCACCGACAACAGCAGCAGCGUCUGCUGGCGCGGAAGCUGGCGACGGCAAUGUGGCGGCGGCAUCAAGCGACCAGGUACGAUUUGCUCUUUGGCGUGAUCAGGACACGGCGACCCACACCGCACACACACGACUAACUUGUAUCUGUUGCUGUUGCUGCCUGGAUACUUUCACGCGAGCAGGUCUCCGCGAGUGCGUAGCCGGCCCUGCGAUCCGACGCCAUCGUCCUGAGUCAUGA